CCACGAUGGCCGCCGUCAGCAGGAGUCAUCGUUACAGGGAGUCCAAAACACCAUUCAAACGGAAAAUAAUGUCGUUUAAAUCACACUGGAUUUUCGCUUUUCUUAUUUUUGCCGCGAGCCGGUGUUUUGCCGAAGAUGAUCACGAGAUGGAAGAGUUUUUGAAGCGGGAGUAUUCCCUUUCCAAGCCUUACCAAGGUGUGGGAUCGUUAGGCUCCGCCCACUGGGAGUUGAUGGGGGAUGCCAUGGUAACCACCGACCAGGUGCGCCUCACACCUGACAUGCAGAGCAGGCAGGGGGCGGUAUGGAGCCGCAUUCCUUGCCAUCUGAAGGACUGGGAGAUGCAGGUACACUUUAAGAUUCACGGGCAAGGAAAGAAGAAUCUGAACGGUGAUGGGUUGGCCAUUUGGUACACUAAGGAACGCAUGCAGAAAGGUCCUGUAUUUGGAAAUAUGGACAACUUCACUGGCUUGGGUGUGUUUGUGGACACAUAUCCAAAUGAGGAGAAACACCUGGAGGCGCAGAAGAAAAGAUACACUCCUCGCACACAGAGGAUCUUCCCCUUCGUCCUGGCCAUGGUUGGGAACGGCACCAUCAGCUACGACCACGAGCGGGACGGCCGGCCCACAGAGCUGGGUGGCUGCAACGCCAUGGUGCGCAACCUCAAACAAGACACCUUCCUCUUCAUCCGAUACGUCCGCCGCAGGCUCACGGUGAUGAUAGACAUCGACGGGCAGCACGAGUGGAGGGACUGUCUGGACAUACCCGGGGUGCGGCUUCCCCAGGGAUACUAUUUCGGAGCAACAGCCAUCACUGGAGACCUCUCAGAUAACCAUGAUAUAAUUUCCCUGAAACUCUACCAACUGACGGUGUUUAAGAGUAAAACCGAAGAGGAAGAGGAGGAAGAGGAGAUAACCAUACCCAGUGUGGAUAACAUUGAACUACUCAGAUUGAGUCAGACUGAAGAAGGGAUGAGUGGAAUAGCCAUUUUCUUCACCGUGCUCUUCUCAAUGCUGGGCUGCAUCUUCCUCAUCGUCAUCGGCCUGGUGGUGUACAGCCACUGGAACGAGAGCCGACGCAAGCGCUUCUACUGAGAAAGAAGACAAAAAAAAAAAAAAGAAGAUGGAGAUUGUGAUCAGUGCUGCGGUCCGUGGACCCAGCUGCACUGAGACUAAAGUGAGGCGCUGCUGUCGGCCAGCAGGGUGCAGCAGGUUGUUUCAUCCUGAGGACAACACGAGCUUGACGGGAGAUGGAGGAGACUGAUCACCUGCUAAAAAAAAGAACAGCCAUUCUCUAACCUCGCCAUUCGGUAGUCAUGAAACAGUAGGAGGACUUUAUGUCACGCUUUGCCCCCCUGCCUGACACACACCAACUUGGCCUUACCAUCUCCACCUCUGCAGACGUGCAGUAUGUCACAUGACUUCUCCUGAGCAGCUACGUACAUAUUACAGCCCUGAUUCCAAAAAAGUUGGGACGUUGUGUCAAACAAAUCAAACAGAAUGUGAUGAUUUAUUUGCUAAGCAUUUUUGAUAUAAACUCACCUGAAAACAGUAC